AUGAAUCUGCUGAAAAAAGCAACUAAUGUAUUUUGUUCGAUUCCAGAACACAAAGAUGUGGAUCAAAAGAUUAUCCAUUUGUGUCUUGAUUAAAAGUGCCAAAUUUCAAAAAAGGCCUUGUGUGGUUUAUGUUUGGGAGAUUAACAUUUUGGUCAUAAAUCGAUCAAUCUAUCUAAUUUGGACACUCUCAUUAAAAACGAAUGGAGCAGAGAACUACAAUAGUACAAUUAAAAAACCAAAGAUUUAACUGAUUGCAUUCAAAUGAGCAUUGCCGCUAUUCUCAAUAAGAUCACGCUUCUGCAAUAGUAGAUUCAAAACUUUGUUAAUUAGUAAAUGCAAGAGAGUUAAGUUUGUAUUCUAAAGCGUAAGUAUCUAGAUCAGUAAAAUUUGAGUGAAAAAGAUUUUGAAUAAUUGGCAAAGGAUAUAAGAGAGUCAAUCUUCUACAAAGAAGGAGUUCCUGAAUAUAAACAAAUCGAUUACGAGCCGUCUGAUAAAUUCCAAAGCCUAGCCAGUAGAUUAGUGUUUGAUGCAGCCUUGUUUUGUAGAGAUAUUACGCUGAUAACCAAGGCCAACAUAAUUCAUUCGAGUUUUACAGAAUAAGUCUAAGAGAUUUUGUAUUAAAUUUAAAAUCUCACAACCUUGAUUGAGCGUCCACUUAGUUAGAUUGUGUAGAGUAAGAAAAUCUUUGGAAAUGAUAGAAGUGACACUCAGUCCAAUCAGAGAUUAGAUUUUGAUUAAUAGAGUUAAUUGGGAACUUUUGGUUAGACUCAGUUCUGCAUUUAAAAAUAAGUGAAAUUAAGGAGUUUAGAGAUGAAGGGAUUCGUUAAAAUCUACGAUGAAUUCUUUAACAAGCCCUUCACUCAAACUCACAUAGAAUUAAUAAAACUGAAAUGCAAUUCUUAAUCUCAAAUUUGUAUUGGUGGAGUCAGUAUAAAAGAGCCGGAUUAAUUUAUAUUGUGUGCUACUGACUAUGCUUCUGAAUUCUACACGGAAACUCAAAAUUUGAAUCUCGCCAGAAAGAGUAGGAAUGGAGAUGUGUAUUGGUAUUAUGUCAGAAAUAGAUGCAUCGGAUUCAGUCCAAUGAGUAAAAUUGAUCUCAAGUAUCCUGAUGUGGACAAUGAGGAGGGAGAUUUGAGAUUCUCUUUGUGGCUAUUUCAUGGACAAGGGGGUUAUAGAAUUGGGAGAAUUGAGAGUUUAGAAUAAAGUGUUGACUAUAAAUGUGUGAUUUAUUUAAAAAAAUGAUUUAAAACCUAUCUUUUUAAUCAGUUCAAUAUUGUCAUGAUGAUUUCAGAGAGACUCCUGUUUAUUAUAGACCAUACCUAGAAUCACAAAAUAAAUACGGAUAGCAAAGAGACACAGCAGAUGAGAAUGAAAAUACAUAACCUUGUUUUUAGAACAACCUAAAAAGAGCCAAUUCAUGCAAAAUUCUAAAACCAAUAUUUUAAGUAGUAUUUGAUCCGAUGGAAAUUGAAGAAGAAGAGAAGAUCAUCUAAGAACUAAUAGCAUCUUAACCAUCAAUUAUUAAUGUGGCAAUUCAAGUUGACUUGGAUCAAUAUUUUCAAAAAAUCAAUAUCAAAUUGAAUAAGGAGCUUAUGAAAAAUAAUCAUCUACGUAAUAGCUAUUUGGACAUAUUUGAAAAAGACAGCAUACAAAGAAAAUAAUGCUCAACAACUGAAUUAUUAAUCAAUUUAUUCAAGACUUCUUAUACAGAAUUUAUGAAUAAAUCAAUCGACAACAUUGGAAUUAUUAAACUAUUCAUCGAAGAUAAUAUUGAUGCCUUCAUCACAGGAUCACUGAUACCUCCUCAAUAAGUUUGGCAUGAUUAUAAGAUAUUGAUUUUAGCCAUUAUAAUUAAAAUUAUGAGAAGUAUGUUUGUUAGUUAUAUUAGUGAAAAGCACUACAGGACAACUAAUUUACGAAUGCAUGGUGGCUCAAUUAUAUGAAAAAUUAGCGUGUGUUUUUAAAAACGAAGCUCCACCUAUCCCAGAAUUCAAAGAUUAUUUUGAAUGGUAUUUUUGGUCAAGUGACAGAAACAAACAAUUAGAAAUUAAUGAACUGACAGAAGAUGAAUAGCGUUAAUUGAGAAUUGUAAGUAUCAUUAGAAAAUAUUCCUUUCUUUUUUGGAGUCUAUUGUGGAUUGAUCCUAAUUAAAUUUUAAACCUAAAUCCAGACCUACAACAAUUUAGAGAAUAGUAGAAAAUCCCUGCUUACAGGUAUUUGAAUAAGGAUAGGUAAAUGUUUGCUACUCUAAUUUUGAAAUUCGUUUAAUGUAACACUUUUGCCUGUGUACCAGCACUUAAUGCAUUGUUUGAUGUCGUUUAAGACAAGAAAAUAUUGCUACCUAUUUUCAAUAAAUUUUCAGAUAUAUUGAAUAAUGAAGGACUCUUAGAGAGUUUAUUAGACGAUAUAGGACCAUUGAAGGAACAAGCUAAAAAUGAAUUCUUUGUUUAUCCUUAGGUUCAUGAUAAAGGAUUAGUAAAGAUUGUUUAAGGGAAAUUAAAAAUACUCAGGGAUGAGCCAAGCCAAACAGAAAAUGAUUUUUAUGCAAAAUUAUUUUUAAACGAUUAGAGACCUACAUUCUAUUAGGAUUGA